CGCAAGCAUGAGCUGUCAAGUGCCCAUGAUGGCCAUCGACACGUCCCUCGCCAACACCCGCGGCCUUCUCAUCCACCAAAAGUUCCAAGCGGUCGACGUCGUUGCCGAUGUGCUCGAUUUGCCGUACGAGGCCAAGAACAAGUACCGCAUUCACCACAUGCCACCCGACAAGAGAGCGCGAAGCCACCCGCACGACGCCGAGGGGUGGCAACCGACGACGGUCGGGAUCGAAGCCCUCGACAAAUUCCUCUUUGCACACGAAGAGUCGGGCCUAUGCAUGCGCAUGAUUCUCAAGUAUUUGGGCUGCAGCAACCUCCGCCCGAUGAAGAUGCACAUCAUGGUCGAGGGUGCAACCGGCGACGCGUACGUAAUUGACCGUCCAUUUCGCUUGGGCGGCGCCUACUGCCUCCCAUUGACGAUGAACCUCAGCGCGGUGCACGGCUCGGAACUCAUUCGCAUCGGUCGCGCGCGCGAGAACUUUUCCAGUUACAUUGGCAAGUGCUUCCAGGCCUGCUGUCUCUGCACCACGUACACGGACAUUGAGCGGCUCUUACCGGACAAUACGUUCUCCAAGCGGUACACGAUUCGCCUCAACGUCGCUUGCUGCGGCCGCACCAACAACUUCUGCGGCGGCACGUGUUUCAAGCGCAAUGCGGUCUACGACAUCUUGGACGUCCAGGACAAUGUGGUAGCCCAUUUGCAGCUUACGGCAGCCGACACGCGCUCGUGGUGCCGCGCCAUGGGCUCUUUCAACACGUACAUUCUCGAGUUCCCGCCGGAUUCGACGCCCGAAGACCGCGCGCUUCUGGUCACCGCGCUCUUCCAGAUUGAAUUCGCCAUUCUCAAUUCCUAG